AAAAAAAAAAUCGUUUUUUUUUUUUGCAUUAUUUCACUACACACGUAAGAUUUUUAUUUUCCUCAGCUCAAAUACCACAGUUUCUCAAUUCCAAAUUCAGAAAACCGCCAUAUCAUACCUCUUGGAUUUGUUUUUCCUCUCUCUUCUCUAUUUGUUUUCCUUCUUAUGUGAAGGUUUUGCAUCGCUUUCCAAACAAAGCCCACAAAUUUUGACCCUCAAUUCCAAUGCGAAUGAGGUUGAAAUGAACAGUUUUUCACUUCUGGGUUUUACCUUCUUUCUCUCUUCUUGUUUAGUGUAAACCAGCAGGAGGAGUUUUCAUGGCAGCAAAGCGCGUGUACCAAGUUUGGAAAGGAAGUAAUAAAUUCAUAUUUGGAGGGAGGUUGGUAUUUGGGCCUGAUGCAAGGUCCCUGCUUAUUACUUUGUCGCUGAUUAUUGUUCCAGUUAUCAUCUUUUGUGUAUUUGUAGCAAGGCACCUUCGGCAUGAAUUUUCUUCAUAUUAUUCAGGAUAUGCUAUUUUAGUAGUGGCGAUUCUCUUUACUAUCAUUGUCCUGGUGCUCCUCUGUCUUACUUCUGCACGUGAUCCGGGCAUCAUUCCGAGGAAUUCGCAUCCACCAGAAGAAGAGUUUCGUUAUGAGUCUUCUGGGGGAGCUGGACAACAAACCCCGACCCUUCAGUUUCCUCGAACAAAAGAAGUAAUGGUCAAUGGCCUUCCUGUAAGGGUGAAAUAUUGUGAAACUUGUAUGCUGUAUCGUCCUCCUCGUUGCUCGCAUUGCUCCAUCUGCAACAACUGUGUUGAGCGUUUUGAUCAUCAUUGCCCUUGGGUAGGGCAAUGCAUCGGCCUGAGGAACUACCGUUACUUCUUUCUGUUUGUUUCUUCUGCAACUAUUCUGUGCAUCUAUGUGUUUUCCCUCUCAGCAUUUUACAUCAAGGUUCUGAUGGAUAAUAAUGAUAACGGCACAGUGUGGAAGGCGAUUAAAGAAUCCCCUGCGUCUGUGAUAUUAAUGGCUUAUUGUUUCAUCUCUCUGUGGUUUGUGGGUGGACUAACCGGUUUUCAUUUGUACCUUAUAGGCACAAACCAGACUACCUAUGAAAACUUCCGGUACAGAGCUGAUGGCAGGAUCAAUGUUUUUAAUCAGGGUUGUUUAAAUAAUUUUCUGGAAGUGUUUUGCAAAGAAAUAAAUCCCUCGAGGAACAAUUUCAGGGGUUUUGUUCAAGAGGAGGUACAAAGGCCAUUGGCUCCAGUCUUUGCCCGGGGCCGUGAACCAGAUGACUUAGGUGGAGAUCGCCGUCCUAAGGUUGAAGCUGAUCUAGAUAUCGGUGAAGAUCUAUUGAAGAUAUCACAACGUAAGAACAUUGAAGAACUCGACGAGGAGAUUCGCAGCAGAGGGAGCAAUGGUGCACCACAUAAUACAACUGAACCUGAUUCAAUUUUGUCAUCAGAUCAUCGAGCUACCACAAUACAAUCCAACGCUAGGCACUCGAGUUGGGAUAGGAGUGGAAACUGGGAAAUUGCACAGGAUGUCUUUGCCAAUUCAAAUGUCACCGAAAGCAGGAGUUAUGUCACAUCAAAGGAAAUGCGCCAAUGACGGGUAUGGUUUGUCCUUAUGAUAUUUUAAUGGCGUCAAACAUAAUCGAUUUGGGAUUACUUGGAUACUAAUGAUGGAAAAGAAAAGGCUCCUUGAUCAGAUUUUGAAUAGGAGUUGAACUAUUGGUAUAAAAUCUUAGCUUACCUUUUGUGGUAAUAGCGUAUAAAUGUGUGUUUGUAGUUGUUUAAGAGACCAAGUAAUGACUUGGUUCUGUUUUCCCCAUUUUUUAACUGUCCAAUAUGUGGAUCUUAUCUUUACUUGCCUUUAUUCUUUGUGUAAAUAACUAGUUAUGAUACUGAAAUACCUUCCCUACAUAUAUUGGGUUUUAGGCACAGUAAAAAGUGGAUUAUCCUUGCUAUUAGUGUGAUAACAGUUUUGUUGAUUUUUUA